UAUUGGGCCUAGGCGAGGUUUGGAUGUUUUAAUCGAGUUGGGUCGGCAAAUUUCUUGAAUAAGUGUUACAAUAUCCAAAAAUAGCCAUUACGCUCUUCAUUUUUCACUGUUUUUUCAUUACAAGGAAUUGAUUUUGUUGCAUCAAAAGAACUUGUUCAUGGAUAUACCUCCCAAUAGAACCAUGAGCAAAAACGAGGCAGAGAAGGAUCAAAAGGAUAAGAUUGUGAAAGCAAGGGCCAACACCAACAGAGUAAUCAUCAGCAUAUACUCUGAAUCUCCGAGAAAACGUUUACAACAAAAACAUAAUCCCGCCACCAAGAAAACCAUGGGAACUCGUGGCUAUGAUCGCCGGGCUCAGCUUCUAUCCUAUGCCAGCGAGCUAAGAUGCGCUGGUUCCGAGCCCAUGGAGUGGUCCAGACGGAACUCUAGGCCGAGGUCAAAGAAAUGGAAAUGGUCAAGUGGACCAGCUAGGAUUCGGGAAUCAUUUCUUAGAAUGUUUCAGCAAAAAGAAAGGCAAUGGGUGUACGAGCGAAUUGUAACAGAAGAAAAUGGUGAAGCAGCCCGGAUGUCGGGUUCGAAACGCAUUAAUAGCAGGAACCAAACGGGAGUCUCCGAAAGCAGAAACCCCAGUUUUUGUAAGAAAUUGACGUGUAUGAUCAAGGAAUUAAAAUGUGGAUUGCUGUGCAACAAGGGGUAAGAGCAAAAAAUCAAGGGGAGAUAUCUAUUAUUUCUUCAAACUUAUUUAUUUUUAUAUUUUAAAAAUAUUUUUUUUUAUUAAGUGACUUGUUAUCAUGUAAUUGGUAUUUUAUUAAUUAUUUAUAUUUUAUGACUUGAAAUUCUUUUUUCUUGUAAUAGAUACCAUGUUAUUUAAUAAGCAAGACUUGGUAAACAAAAAUCAAAGCGUCUAGCGUUGUUUAUGCUAGUUUUAUUUGUAUAUGAUUAGUGGGCAUCGCAACAACGUGCCUGUUAGUAAAUAGUAGCUGUAUGCACGUGUUGACGAGGAGGAACCGGAUGGAAGUGAGGGCAUGACAACUCCUUAGAUUGCAAUAUAUUAUUGGCUGUACACCUCGUAAGAAUGAAGUGCCGCCCCAAGUUUUUGUCCUCAAUGAAACAUAUUCAUUGAUUCAAUUUUAUUUCAAAAGUUAUGAAUGAUGUUCAUUGCAA